AUGCUGUCUCUUUCCCGAGGACAACAUGUCCUCCGAUUUUCCCUCAAAUCUCAAAAACACCACCUAAUCCUCAAUCCAUCAAUCCAACUCUUCUCAACCUCCGCAGCCCUCAAAUCAAACCGACCCCCUUCUCAAUCACCAACAAACACCAAGAAAGACCAUGGCCAAUCCAAAACCACAACACCCACAGUUACAGGCACAGCUACAAAGGUUGACACACCAGGGCCUCACGAAAUAAACGCCCCAACAAGUACUUUUCCCGCAGACCUAGCGCGCCCGCCACCACUUCCUCCAUCGACACCAACCCUUUCAAAACUCACACAUUACCUCGCUAUCGGCAAGGCAUUUCUCGCUUUUUAUAAAACGGGUCUUAAAAACUCAUUCUACAAUUAUCGCGCUGCUUUACCGCUUCGAAAAGAACUCGGGCUCCCAUCUUAUAUCCCCAGUUCACCAUCUACAAUCGCCGAUAAGCAUAUCGGCCGAGGCCAAUUCCAACUUGUCCGUCGCUCUGCUCGAGAUGUUCGUCGUUUGAUACCCUUUUUCAUGGUCCUGAUCGUCUGUGGCGAAUUCACACCAUUGCUCAUCCCUAUCUUUGGCUCCACAAUCACACCCGCUACAUGUCGGAUUCCGAGCCAGGUUCACGAUGAGCGAAACGCUGCUUCGAAGAGGAAAACACUAGCCUUGCAGGCACUCGGUACAUCAGUACAAGGAAAUGAACUAGAGACUUUGCUUCGUAUUUCGCAUCCUGAUUGGGUGCGUGCUGCUGAUUCUAAGGGCGUGUUGUCUGCCUGUGCGGUUUUGGGACUUGUGAAGAGACAUGAUCGCUUUGCGGGGGCGCUUUUGACUGGUCCUGUUUAUCGGCCGCGUUUGAAUAGGUAUUUGGAGUAUUUGGCUGUUGAUGAUGCUUUGAUUCGGAAUGGUGGGGGUGUGAAGGAGUUGAGUCCUAAUGAGGUUAUGUUUGCGUUGGAUGAGCGUGGUGCGAGUGAUGUUGCUGUUGGGUACCCUUCGGAGAGCAAGGCUGAUGUUGCGAGGAGGGAAUGGUUGAUGAGAUGGUUGGAGCUUAGGGGGAAGCAGGAGAAGUCUUUAAAGACGAAGACGGUUUAG